CACCCUUAAACUACUUCAUUGUACUAGUAGUACAUGGUGGACAUUAGUAUUUCUGUUGCUUCAUAGAUGUGGAACCGAUGGAAUUGUUUUACUUCGCCCUUUCUGUUGUGACUACUAUGCUCCUUGCUUGUCCUACUAAGCACACCCAAGCUCAAGGUAUUCCACCACCUGAAGUGAAAGUGGUCCCUGCUUACAUCCGACAGUCUGACUCUGUCAAUCUGACUUGUGAGACAUCUCUGUCUCCUUUGUCUUAUUGUUAUUUCUGCACAACACUUCAAAACUGUGACUGGAAGGGCUCUGAUUCAUGCAGAUUGGCACUCUCAGGAAAUGACUUGAUUGCAUGGUCAGGUCAAAGUGGGAUGGCAAAAAUUGAAUUGAUGUGUCACUAUUAUUUCAAUAAACAAGCAUCAGGGUAUUCUCCCCCUACUUCAGUCACCAUUGUAGGACCUCCACAACUCCAGGUGUCUCCUCAGCUCAUCAGUGAGACAGAUACAGUUCAUCUGAUCUGUCUGACACCUCAGUCCCCUCUUGUGUCUCAGUGCUUCUUCUUAGUGGGGGGAAAGCCUCUCGGUAAUCCAAUGCCAUCAUGCCAGCUACAGAGCACAGGGAAGGAUUUGAGCCACUGGGCUGGUGUGAGGCCACCUGCACAAAUGUCACUGAGUUGUUAUUAUACAGUUACAACUCCUCAACUGUCAUCUGACCCAUCUCAACCAGUCUCAAUUACUGUAGACUCUGGAAGAAGCUGGACUACAGUGAUAGUAAUCGUUGCAGUGAUCAUGUUUGUGGGAGGCCUGGUUGCCUCCUUUCUUUGCAUGAAAACCAGAAGAUGUGCAUUCAAAAGACCACGGGUAGAUGAUCCACAUGUUAGUCAUGGUAAUCUAAGUAUGGGAUCUAGGAGCACUACCACUGCUCCUGGUGUGAUGGGUGACAUGGCAAUGGCAUCUAAAGACAUGGCAAUGCCAUCUACAGCAGCAGCAGCCUCAGAAAUGACAGUGGGCCUGGAUCCUGAUUAUGAUUCUGUGUACCAUGUGUACAGCUCUAUCCCUGACGUCCCAAACAGCUCCAACCAUGAAGAGAGUCCCUACAGUCUAAUACCAGAAUAUACUCAUCUUCAGUCUACACAGGAGGAAAAUGACAUUUACAGUGUUGUGGAGAUAGACUGAUUUCAGUAUCUACACCUGACUAAUUGGUAAAGAAGAAAUCUGGUGAUUUUUCAAAUAGUUUUCUGUUUGUCGGGUUCACUGAGUACUGUUGGUACGAAAAAAGGGUCAACAAUUGGAUCCACUUAGCUCGAGUUGCUGCAGCCAACAGCUAGAGCUACCAGGUAGCUACAAUGGUACACUCCAGCACUGUAGCUGCCUGGCAGCUCUAGCAGUUGGCCGCAGCA